UUUGGAAAAUUCCAAGACAAAAUAAUGAGAACAUACAGGUUUCAGUGUGUCAUCCAUCAUUUUUCUGUUUCCUGUUUUCUAUGGAACAUGUUGCCCAGACUCCUGUGUAUUUUCAGUGCUAGUACCUUGGAUACUUCUGCCUUCCGAAUCCAGAAUGUGAAAAGUGCAGAUACCUGCCGAGAUCGCACCCUGCACUUCAGGCAUACCUUUGCACUGGCAGGAGAACCCGUGGUCCUGAAAUGUCCUCCUUUCAGAUACAGUCACAGGGAUGCUUUUGAUUUGCCCUUUAACCUCACCUGGCACAAAAAUGCUUCAGCAACGAUUAUCCCUGCAGCAGACAGAGGAGCAAGAAUAUUCUUCCAAGAUGAUGCUCUUUGGUUUUUACCAGCCUCUCUUGAGGACUCUGGGGCAUAUAUCUGCACUCGAAGGAAUUCCACUUACUGUGCUGAGGUGUCUGUUCAACUGAUAGUUGUUGAGAAAAGUUCUGCCCGUAAUAUUUCCUAUCCUCAGAAGGCCUUCACACUCACUUCCGGGAAGCUUGUUUGUCCUAACCUGGCACAUUUUGUACAAAAGGAUACAGGCUAUGUACUCACAUGGUACAAGGACUCUACACCACUGGUUAUAGACAAUAAAAAGUUUGUAGCUUUGAAAAAUACAAAUUAUCUCACAAUCAGUUCUGUGUCAUUGGACGAUUCAGGCUACUAUACUUGUCAAUUGACUAUUGAGCAUGAAAAGGCAGAAUAUAACAUCAGCAGGACCAUUCAGCUACAGACACUUGGCCUAAAGAAGAAAAACAUCCCUGUGAUUGUUUAUCCAAAUCAAAAGAUUACGCUAGCAGUUCUCGGUUCUCACUUGACCAUCCCAUGUAAAGUAUUUGUUGGAAAAAGCGACCAUUCCUAUACUGAUGUCUGGUGGCUAGCCAACAACAGUUAUAUUAGUAGGACUUACCGAAAGGGCAGAGUUUCUGAAGGAAAAUCUCAGAAACUUGUAGAAAAUGAUGACAGUUACGUUGAGGUGCCCUUGGUUUUUGACCCUGUCAAAGAAGAAGAUUUCAAUACAGAUUUCACAUGUGUUGCCCAGAAUAGUCGUGGCCAUCAAGUACAUGCAACGCAAGUCAAGCAAGAAGAAAAGGAUCGUUUGUCUUGGUACUUGGCAGCCAUUCCUUUAGCUCUAGCGGCUGUGAUUGUGGCAGGAGUGUGCCUGCAUAAAUGUUGGAGGAAGCGAAGAUCUAUCAAAGGAUAUAUGGUGGCUGAAUCCUAA